UUUAGUGUAUUUGUCCCAUCUCUAUCGCGAAUUUUAUUGAUUCAGCAGAAGAAUUCUCCGCGUAAAUCAAAUCUCCCGUGAUCAAGUGCUACCCGCUGCGCCGUAGAUGUGAACCGGCACCUGGCAGCCGACCCGCAGCACCGGAUCCAUCGAUCCGCCGAUCUGCCGGCAGCGCUUACUGCGCAAAUAGAAAACAAACCACAACUGCAUCCAUAAACCGUCCCCCCCUCGCUCAGCGGCUGCAGAAGUACGAAAGAAGGGGGGAGAAUAGGCGAGGAAAAUGGUGGACGCCGCCAGGCAAAUGCUCGAUGAGCUAAUGGGCCGCAACCGGAAUCUGCAUCCCUCGGAGGCCGGGGCCAAGGUCAAUUGGGAGGACCCCGAGUUCUGCCAGUUCUACAACGUCAAGUUCUGCCCGCACGACCUAUUUAUCAAUACCCGCGCCGACCUCGGUCCCUGUACCCGCAUCCACGACGAGGAGGCCAAGCACCUGUACGUGGAGGCGAGGCCAUCGCAGCGAAAGCGACAGUACGAGGACGAGUUCUUGCGGUUCUGCAAUGUGAUGCUGCACGACGUUGAUCGAAAGAUCCAAAAGGGCAAGCAGCGCCUGCAGCUGAUGCAGCGCGACCAGCCCGUUGUCCCCGCCCCGCUGAGCAGGCAACAGGAGCAGCUGGCCAACCUGACGGCGCGCAUCAAUAAGCUGCUGUCGGAGGCCGAGGAGGCGGGCAUACGGGGCGAUGUCGAUCAGGCCCAGGACCUGAUGACCCUCUGCGAAGAGCUGAAGGAGGAGAGGGAGCAGCUGGUGCGGCAGUACGAGGCCAGUCACAAGGCCAACAGCAGCAUUAGUAACCUCCAGCAGUCGAGCGGGGACGAGCAGCAGCCACAGUCGUUGCCCAUGAGUCCCGGCGCAAACUCCAACGACGGUGGUCUCGCCAAGGAGGAACCCUUCAGCCUGACCCAAUCAGUUGGCCAGCCUGCUGUUGGCAGUGAUAAGGCCACAGAGGAUGUAAACACAUCUAAUUUGGAUUCCGUACCCGGAUCUAUCAUUGCUGAAGAAGGUAGCGAAGGCCUUGCUACGAUAGCUUUUGCUCCAGCUCCUACUACUCCCGGCAGCGAGGAUAAAGCAGAGCGGCCGACGGAGAUAAAGUCCGUUGGCUGGUCGCACGAGGCAUUGCCGGAGAAACAAAUGAAAGUGUGCGAGAUAUGCGGCGCCUUUCUGAUUGUGGGCGAUGCCCAGCAGCGGAUCGAGGACCAUCUGACGGGCAAGCAGCAUCUGGGCUAUUCCAAGCUGCGCAAUGCCGUAGCCGAGAUCAACGAGGCGCGGCAGAAGGAGCGCGAGCAGGAGGAUCGUCGUCGGCGAGAGGGCCGCGUCCAGCGCUUCCACAACUACGAUAAUAGGCGGGACUCACGCAACGACUACAGGGAGCGAAGUCGAGACUAUGGCCAGAAUCGUCAGCCCUCAGAUCGGCGACACCAUCACCACAAAUCGCAUCACAGCUCGCAUCAUUCGUAUUCGCGAAGUGGUGGAGGUGGCUCUGCUGGCGGAAACGGCGGUGGAGGCGGUGGCAACCGGAAUAAUCGCCACCAUAAUCACAACCAUAGUCACAGCCACUACCGGCAUGAUAGCCGUGAACGGCACUGUCGCAGCCGGAGUCGCAGCCGCUACUAGAGACCAAAAACCAAUAACAAAGUGAAACGAAAUAAGGAAGCGAGAAUAAUACAAAAAGAGUCAAGUUAAAAUAUUAGCAAACGCUGAGACGGAGGCCUAGAAGCAUACGCAGAAUGUUUGGAAACGAAACCUUUCUAAAACCACGAACAAGACCAACCAACUGACACUCAAUCUUCGAUUCGCAAUCCGUAAGCAGCAGCUGCCAACGCAGAGGCAGCAUCGAGGUACCCCAAAAAAAAAAAAAAAAAAAAUCAUUAACACAAUUUCCAAAGUAAUAUGUAUCAAGACAGUAAAAAAAAAAGAAACAGUGUAUCAGAGAGCUGGCUAGAACGAGUGCGCAGAGGACACUUCUGGAGGAUGUAUAUUGAUGAUGAAAGCCCAAAGGAUGAAAUAUAUUUGAGAUAUUGAGAAGAUAUUGAGAUUUUAGAAGAAGAGCCAACCCAGGUAACUUCUAUGCCACUCCUCUCCCCCACAUAAAUGUUUCUUCAAGACAGACACAAAAGGUGACACAGUGGCGGCGCAGUCCGAAAUCAACUUUCAACUGUCAACGAUCAACGAUCAACGAACGAACGAAUGAUGAUCACUGGAUCAGUGAUCACAAAACACGAGAGUGAAAGAGAGAAGGGAAUGAGAAGGCAGAAGAAUGAACCAUGUAGGAGCGUUUUUAGGCAUGAAUGAUACAACCAAAACGAGGUGAAUUUCUCAAUUACUCUCAUCUAUACUUAUAAAUUGAUCUAUAACUCCACGAUCCCACAAUCCCACUACCCAACAUUUGACCCCCCUAUUAUACCAUUCUGCGAUCAAUUCACAUCCCCUCGUACAUACAUGUAUGAAGAGAUGUACUAAGGCCGCUUAAGUUUUGUUCGAGCAAGUGCAUCCAACAUCCCACAUCCCACAUCCCAUAUCCCACAUACCCAUACCCAAUCCAAUGUUCCUUUUCGGUUAUUAUUAAUUCACCUAGCGCAAAUUAAUCAAUUGAAUUGAAUCGAGCCUCCCCCAUUGGGCCCCAAGCAAGCAAAUAAUCAGAAAAGUAAGGUAUAUAUAUAGUCUAACCCAAUCAAGAAAUUCGAUCGAUCGCCUGUAGUCAUGUAAAGAUGUUUUUAAUUAUGAAUUACGAUGAUUUAAGAAUAAGGUUACUACAUUCUAUAUUUAUGUAUAUGUAUAUAUAUAUAUAUAUGAAUAUAUAUAUAUAUAAAUAUAUGUAUAUUGAGAGAACUCGCAAUAAUUUUCUAAUAAAGAUCAAAGCAAAUCCCGAAAACGAA